AUGUCGGACUCGAAGGACAUUGACGAUAAGGCCACCCAGGCCGGCACUUCUAAAACCUCGAAAUCGGACGGCAAGAAACCCGCCAAGGAUGGAGAGCAGGGCCAAAACAAGAUGACGACCAAGAUGGCCGAGUCGUUGUUGGAGAUGAACCCGGCCCUGAAGAACGAGAUGGCGGGAAUGGACAAGGGCAAGGCCGCUGAGAUUCUGCGCAAUCUGGACCUUUCCGAUUUGCUGACGGGUAUGUCGGUUGGUGGAAAGAACCAGAAGGAUAUGGCCUCGUACAAGUUCUGGCAGACGCAGCCGGUGCCUCGAUUCGAUGAUAAGGAGGAGAGCAUCACUGAGGGGCCGAUCAAGAGAAUUGACCCGGCGAAAGUGUCGAAGGAACCGGAUGCUUUGGUUGAAGGGUUUGAGUGGUCGACUCUUGAUUUGACGAAUCAGGAGGAGCUCCAUGAGUUGUACGAUCUCCUGACAAAUCACUACGUGGAGGACGACAAUGCCAUGUUCCGGUUCAAUUACUCGCGGUCCUUCCUUCACUGGGCCCUGAUGUCUCCCGGCUGGAAGAAAGAAUGGCAUGUCGGUGUUCGCGCCUCCAAGUCGAAGAAAUUGGUCGCUUCUAUCUGCGGUGUGCCUACUGAGCUGCGUGUUCGCGACAAGAAGAUCAAGGUUACGGAGAUUAACUUCCUCUGCAUCCACAAGAAACUCCGGUCUAAGCGUUUGACUCCCGUUCUCAUCAAGGAGAUCACCCGUCGUUGCUAUCUGAAUGGCAUCUACCAGGCCAUCUACACUGCUGGUGUGAUCCUCCCUACACCCGUCAGCUCCUGUCGGUACUACCACCGUCCUCUUGACUGGUUGAAGCUCUACGAGGUCGGCUUCUCGCCGCUCCCCCCUGGAUCUACCAAGGCCCGCCAGAUCACGAAGAACCACCUUCCCAGCUCUACCUCAACCCCCGGUCUUCGACCUAUGGAAUCGAAGGAUAUCGAUGCCGUCCACGACCUGUUGGAGCGUUACUUGGUAAAAUUCAAUCUGAAUCAGGCCUUCACAAGGGAAGAAAUUGAACACUGGCUGGUGCACAAAGAGAACCCAAGCCAGGAGCAGGUUGUGUGGUCUUACGUGGUGGAAGACCCGGAAACCCACAAGAUUACGGACUUUUUCUCGUUCUACAACCUGGAGUCCUCCGUCAUCCAGCACCCGAAGCACAAGAAUGUGCGUGCCGCCUACCUGUACUAUUAUGCAACGGAGACAGCAUUCGGCGAGGACAAGAAGGCCCUCAAAGAAAGACUCCUCAUGCUGAUGAAUGACGCCUUGAUCUUGGCUAAGAAGUCCCAAUUCGAUGUCUUUAACGCCCUUACGCUUCACGACAACCCUAUGUUCCUUGAGCAGCUCAAGUUUGGCGCCGGUGAUGGACAGCUUCACUUCUACAUUUACAACUACCGCGCAGCCCCUAUCCCUGGAGGUGUUAACGAGAAGAAUCUGCCGGAUGAGAACAAGAUGGGAGGUGUUGGUGUUGUCAUGCUGUAA